AUGGGCAACAAAAGCGCUUCGCAAUCCAAGACCGAUUCUCAGGGAACAAACACCACCAAGACGAAGGCGUUCAACGGACUAGGCAACCUCAUCAGGCUCCUCCCGACCGGCACCGUAUUCUUAUUCCAAUUCCUCAACCCUGUUUCGACAAACAACGGCCAAUGCCACCCCGUUCACAAGUACCUAAGUUCCCUCCUAAUCGGAGUUUGUGGCCUUUCAUGUGGUCUUGCUUGCUUCACCGAUGGCUAUGAGGGGAGUGAUGGGAAGACCCACUACGGCAUUGCCACAACCAUGGGCCUCUGGCCUGGCUCGAGGUCUGGUGAUUCUGUGGACUUGUCAAAGUAUAAGCUCCGGUUCGGAGAUUUUGUUGACGCUUUCUUUUUGGUACUUGUUUUCACGGUUCUAGUGUUGUUGGACGCGAACACCACGAGGUGCUUUUAUCGGUCUUUGGAGAAUAAGGAGAAGAUUAUGCUCAUGGUUUUGCCAACCGUGAUCGGCACCAUCUCAGGCGUGGUGUUCAUGUUGUUCCCAACCAAGCGCCAUGGAAUUGGGUAUCCUUCGAGCGACACUAGUACUACCUCGGCGACUAAAACUACCUCGGCCACUAAAGCUGCCUCGGAGAGCACAGCCUAG